GGGUAACAAACAGUGCAAGUGGUUGUGUUAUCUUAUAUGAGAUAGAGAGAUUCUGGUGACUUUAUGAUUAAGAGCUACCAUCCUGUACACAAGUGUACAACUUCUAACAAGAACAAAAUGUGCAACACCAAAUGGCUUCUUUGCUAGAUUUAAGGAUGAAAUAAUUAAGCAGCCAUCUUUGAGAAUAUGGGAAAUACAAGACAUGUGCGGGGAUAAGUUAGGACUUUAUGUUGGUAGGACAAUUUGCUACGAGCUAAAAUGCAGAUACUAAGAGAGUCUAUGGGUGAUUGGAAUUUAGAGUUUGCAAGAUUGUGUGACUAUUCUGAUAUGAUAAAACAGACAAAUCCUGGUAGUUCUGUUUGGGUGAGGAUGGACAGAGAAAGUUGUCCAGGGAAGAAUUUGUUUGUGUACUUCUAUGUCUGCUUGGAUGCAUUGAAGAAGGGGUGGAUGGAAGGUUGUAGGAGAAUAAUAGGUUUUGAUGGGUGUUUUCUAAAGGGUGCUUGUAAAGGUGAACUGCUAGUAGCAGUUGGCAAGAAUGGAAACAAUCAGAUGUUUCCUAUAGCCUGGGCAGUUGUUGACUCAGAAACUAAGCAUAGUUGGAGUUUUUUCAUUAAUUACUUGAAAGAGGAUCUACAGUUGGGUACUGGAGAAGGUCUUACUGUGAUGGCAGACAUGCAAAAGGGUUUUCAUGCUGCUGUAGAAGAAUUGUUACCCGAUGCUGAGCAUAGGAGAUGUGCAAGACACAUCUGGUCCAAUUGGCAUCAAGAAUGGAAGGGUGAAGAGAGAAGAAAACAAUUUUGGAGAUGUUCUAAGGCCAGUUUUGAAGUGAAAUUCAGGUCAGAGCUUGAUAAAAUGAGCAAACUUGGUAAAGAUAUUUGUGCUUGAUUUAUUGCAUUAUCCAGAAAAAUCAUGGGUGAGGGCAUACUUUAAAGAGCAUUCUAAGUGUGAUGUUGUUGAGAAUAACAUGUGUGAAACCUUCAAUUCAUGGAUCUUGUCUUGUAGACACAAAUCAAUUAUAACCAUGUUGGAGGAAAUUAGGAGAAAGAUAAUGACUAGACAAUGUGAUAUGAUUAAGUUUGCCAACACUUGGAUAUCUGAGAUUUCACCUAUGGCUAGACUUACCUUAGAGGAUAAUAAGGAAAUGGCUAGGGGCUGCAAGGUUCUUUGGAAUGCUGAUGUUGGAUUUGAGAUUGGAGAGGGUGAGUAUAGGCAUACAGUUAACAUGAGUACUAAGAGUUGUAGUUGUAGAACUUGGCAACUGAGAGGAAUUCCAUGCCAACAUGCUGUUUGUGCAUACUACCACAUAGAACUAGAGCCUGAACACUUUGUGGAGCAUUGGUAUAGGAAGGAUACAUUCUUAAAGGCAUAUAGUCAUUUCAUCCAACCAAUUCCAAAUAUGAAGAUGUGGCCUGAAACAAACAAUCCAAAGA